AUGGCCGUGCCAGUGAUCGGAAGACUGGUUUGGUUCGAAUACCUUGCGCUUUUUGCGUCUUUGAUUCUAGUGUUGCUGGAAUGGGUCAUACAUAUAAUCACGUUCUGGCUGCCGGAACCUGUGAUCAGGUUCUGUUACGAUCGUUCCAAGGCCAUAUUCAAUUCUCUGAUGCCGGGCGAGAAACUAUACAAGCGUGGUAAGGAGGAGCAGACCGCUGCACAGGUUGCGCAGGCCUCCAACUUUGAAGACAUUUGUGCCAUUUUCGGAUAUGAGGCCGAGGAGCACAUCGUGCAGACGAAAGAUGGCUUUUUGAUAGGACUACACCGCCUGGCCUAUCGCAGAGGCGAGGAAGGUCUCCUCGUCAACCGGGGAGAGGGUAGCCUCGAGAAAAAGGUCGUCUACCUCCAUCACGGUCUUAUGAUGUGCAGCGAAAUCUGGGUGUGUUUAACGGAAGAAGAACGAUGUCUUCCUUUUCAGCUUGUGGAGAGAGGAUACGAUGUCUGGCUUGGGAACAAUCGCGGUAACAAAUAUUCCAAGAAGUCUGUCCAUUAUUCUCCCCUGUCCACUAAGUUCUGGGGCUUUUCGAUGGACGAGUUUGCGUUGUACGAUAUCCCAGACAGCAUUAGCUACAUUCUGGAUGUGACGGGACAGGCCUCCUUGUCGUAUGUCGGGUUCUCGCAAGGAACGGCACAGGCCUUUGCGACUCUAUCGAUUCAUCCGUUGCUCAACCAACAGGUAGACGUCUUUGUGGCCCUUGCACCUGCAAUGGCGCCCUCGGGACUGCGGAAUCGUAUUGUGGACUCCUUGAUGAAGGCUUCACCCGACUUUUUGUUUCUCCUCUUUGGUAGACGCAGCAUCCUCAGUUCCACCCCGAUGUGGCAGACAAUCCUCUACCCUCCAAUCUUCGUUCGCAUAAUCGACGCAUCUCUUAAAAUUCUUUUCGGAUGGGAGUGCAAGAACAUCAGCCGCUAUCAGAAACUGGCAAGCUAUCUGCAUCUCUAUUCGUUCACUAGCACGAAGUCGGUGGUGCAUUGGUUUCAAAUCAUACGGCAUAAGAACUUUCAAUUUUACGAUGACGAGAUUCAUCCUCCAUUCAGCGUUGUGGCAAGUCAACGGUUUUACAAGCCGGUCAAGUACCCCACCCGGAACAUCAAGACCCCGGUAGUUCUGCUCUACGGUGGAAGUGACAGUCUGGUUGAUAUCGGGGCGAUGUUGCGGGAGCUCCCACGGGGGACGGUGGCCAAGUCAAUUCCAAGUUAUGAGCAUUUGGAUUUCCUCUGGGCCAGAGACGUGGACCAACAGGUGUUUGGGCACGUUUUUGAGGCACUUGAGCGGUACCGCUCCAGAAAUAUAGCGGAACCUCAAUUCGUUCAGAAUGUGUGGAUCGAAAGCUACGACCCUACCAUUGAAGAUUCCUAUCGGAAACAAAUUGAGGUUGAUGGCCGGCAAUGUAUUCUGGAAAUACUCGAUACGGCAGGGACCGAGCAGUUCACCGCUAUGAGGGAGCUUUAUAUGAAGCAGGGCCAAGGCUUUCUGCUCGUAUUCUCCAUCACCAGCAUGUCCUCCUUGAACGAGUUGUCCGAACUGAGAGAGCAGAUUAUCCGGAUAAAGGACGAUGAAAAAGUCCCCAUUGUCAUUGUGGGAAACAAAUCCGAUCUGGAGGAAGACCGCGCUGUUCCCCGAGCUCGCGCAUUCGCACUUUCCCAGAGCUGGGGUAAUGCUCCCUACUAUGAAACUUCAGCGCGUAGGAGAGCGAACGUCAACGAGGUCUUCAUUGAUCUUUGCCGGCAAAUAAUCAGAAAAGACAUGCAAGGAAGCUCGUCCAGUGGCUCCGACAAUUCAGCGAGAAAGCGUGAAGGCGCCGGUCGUCACGAUAAGAAGAAAGAAAAGAAACGACGAAAGGGCCCCUGUGUAAUCUUAUAA